CUUUUUCAUUUUUUUUGUUAAUGCCCAAAAAAGAAACAGCGCCACAGUUGGUUAACCAUUUAACCAUCGAUCGAAGAAAAGCUUUGUUGCUCCGGCGCAUUUUAACGAAUUGUCGGCGACGGACGGCUGAGUGAAAUUUCUCAGAUAACUUACAUAACCUCCGGUUCACGUUAUCUCCUCCUCCGGUGUCGCAAACGUCGUCGGGUUCUUUGUCCGAUUGCAUUGUUUUAAUCGCCAACAGGCGGCAAAGCGGCAGCAAGAAUCGGCGCGCAAUAGCGCGGAAAAUCUUGACCAAAUUCAAUAAUUAUAUUAGUUAGCUGUGUGUUAUCAGGAAAACAAAUAUAAUUUUCAGCACUAUUCCGCUUUUUCGAAAAAGUAAUUUGGGGAUUUGGUGUGAGGAUCCAUCGGAUCGAUCUGCUUCGAGGGUAAGAAAGAUUGGGGAGGAGAGGCGGUGAAAAUUUGCUUCCAUUUCGUUUUUUUUUUUUUUUUUUUUUGUGUGUGUGUUGUAUUGAUAUUCAGAGAGGAGAUAUGGUGGUGGGAUGAAGGUGAAGAAGAAGGGAUAUGGCGAGGGUAGAGUGGGGUUAUCAAGGAAGAGGUAAAUGGACGUGUUCGUACAAGAAAACCACUGUCAUCAUUUGUUCUAUCAACAUUAUCGUUGCUCUCUAUGUUUUUCGAUCUCUAUAUGCCUCCCUCUACCUCUAUUCGGAUAAUGAUUCACCAAGUGUUGUAAAGUACACUCCGGAUCAGAUUAGGAAAAUGGAAGAGUUUGUUCGGGUUCGUAGGGCCUCUGAGCCGGUAGAACUCAUUAAAUUGGUCAAGGAGCUUAAAGAAUUCUCCCAAGAACAGACGGUUGAUGAAUUACCUCUUCCAUUGAAACAGAAGAUAACCGAGGAAAUUCUUCUGAAGUUGAGAAGCUUGAACGGUAGCUCAAAUAGUACUCAGCAGAGAGAAGCAGUAGAAAUCUGGAGAAAGGAAAAAUUGGAAGAAGCAAAUAAGUUGAUCACAGAGCAAAUGCUUGAAAAUUCAACUCUUUCUUUUGAAGAUGCUGGGACUCUAGUAAAAGCCUUGGAGGCUGAUUGGCAAGUGUUUUCUGAAGCAAUUGGUCUAUGGAUACCUACAGAGGUUGUGCACACGGAACAUGAUGAUAAGCCUGAGGGUGUAGAUGAAUUCGAUGAUGAGAUUUUACCCGGCAGACCAGUUCCUCCUGAAUGUAAUGCUGAGCUCCAUACAGAUUACGAUGGUGCCGCGGUAAGAUGGGGUCUAACUCAUCAUAAAGAAAGCGCAGCUGAUUGCUGCCAGGCUUGCUUGGAUCAUGCAAAACGUGCACAACCAGGUGACAGGAAAUGCAACAUCUGGGUUUACUGUCCAUCUGAGACUGGAUGCCACUCUCCUGAUAUUUACGAACAUAAGCAUAUGGAAUGCUGGCUGAAAUAUGCAGAAAAUCCCAAACUGAAUUUCAAAACCAACUAUCCACAGUCUUAUAGAAACUCACACCCGACUGCGCCAUUUGUUGUCCCUUGGGUCUCUGGUGUUGUCAGUGCGUAAAUGUACAACAAAUCAGGCAAGGAAUUUCCACUAAAAUGUUGAUUUCUGUUGUCCACAGAGUUGCAUGAAUUAAAAUUUUGAGGGUGUUAGGUGUUUAGGGGACUAGCAUUUGAUUGAAGGUCUGUUUGAAUCAUAACUGUCUUACUCUCAUGUAAGAUGUAAUACGGAUUGGCAAUCCUGGUGUCUAUGACUUCAGAUUGACAAGUCUGGCGCUGAGAUGAGAUAGAGAACUUAGAAGUAACGUGAAAAAGAAGGGCUAUUUUGUUGACUAUUAACUUUGGAAAUUUUAUUCAUUACGCUCAGGAUGUCAGUUUCUGAGCUCUGAGCUUACUCUCUCCCUCCCUCUCUCUCUCUCUUGCCUUCCUAUGAAGAACUUUUGUGAGUUUUUGGAGAUAAAUAACCAACUACUUCAAGUUUACUUUGAA